GAAGGUUGGCGAGCGCGGGACCGGAUGUGCAGCGGACAGUGGUCCGCGGGACCAGCGGAAGUGCGGCUGUUGGCGAUGGCGGCGCAGGUCGCGCGGCGGCUGUUGCGGUGUGCGGGAGCCGCCGGCAGAGGUCCAUAUUUAACACUGGUCAGAACCAUCACAGAAAACACCUGGUGGGAUGAACAUCUUUCUGAAGAAAAUCAUCAAUUUUUAAAAAAAUUGGUUCCUGAAGAAUAUAAAUCUUUGACCGCAAGCAAACUUUGUCCAUUGAAGGAUGAGCCAUGGGCCAGGCUACCUUGGGUACCAGGUGCUCAAAGGGUUGGACUUGUUGCAGUAAAGCUUGGGAUGAUGCCGUUAUGGACUAAGACGGGUGAGAGACAUGUUGUCACAUUACUUCAGGUCCAAGAUUGUCAUGUUGUAUCAUACAUUAGCAAAGAACAAAAUGAUGGAAAAACAGCUUCGCUGCUAGUUGGUGGGAAGAAUACCUCUCCAUUUAAUAAACCUGAGUCCUUUAUGGAAAAAUAUAGACUAGCCGGGAUACCCCCAAAGCAGAAAUUGACCCAGUUCAAUAUAACGGACAAUGCUAUCAUUAAACCAGGUACUCCAUUGUAUGCUGCGCACUUUCGUCCUGGACAGUUUGUUGAUGUCACUGCAAAAACUAUUGGUAAAGGAUUUCAGGGAGUUAUGAAGAGAUGGGGAUUUAAAGGCCAGCCUGCAACCCAUGGACAAACGAAAACCCAUAGAAGACCAGGAGCCUCAGGGCCUGGUGGUGACCCUGCUAGAGUUUUUCCUGGGAAGAAAAUGCCUGGAAAAAUGGGGAAUAAGUACAACACAGCUCAUGGACUAAAGGUGUGGAGGGUGAAUACAAAACAUAAUAUCCUUUAUGUUCAUGGAUCUGUUCCAGGACACAGGAACUGUUUUGUCAAGGUGAAAGAUACGGCUUUACCUACUCAUGAAGAAGACAACAAGAAUCCACCAUUCCCGACCUACUUUGCUGACGGAGAUGAAGAGCUAUCAGAAGACCUGCUUGAUGAUGCAAUGUUCCAGUUCACUGAGCACUCUAUUACUUUCUCCUAGUGUUGUUGGCAUUUUCAAGCUGUUCUGACACUCACAACUCAUACAUCACAUAACGUGACUCACGUUUCUAUUUCCUCCUUCAGCUGACACUUGCUAAUAAAUGGUUUUCAUGAGCUGGCUCGUGCCGCUGCUUCUGUUCAGUGAGAAAUGAAGCAGAAACAUUGACUUUUUUUUAAAACGGACUUCAUGGAGUGAGAUAUGGCAAAUUAAGAAUGCAAGGCAGUUAAACAGUUAAAAGCUGAUUGUAGCACAGCCUUUGAACAUGGGCUGAAUAUUCUGCAUUUUCAUGCCUGUGAUAUUUAAGUGGCAGAAUGUUAUUGCAAAGCUUCUUUGACGUAAUGUGGAGGGAAAAUUAGAUUUCUUCCUCAUUGUGAAGAUCAUAAGUGUUGAAAGCUGUUGUGACUGCAGAAAUUCUGACUACACAGAUAAUUAAAUGGCAUAACUGAUGCCAUCAUUUAUUUUUCUGCCUUGAAAGUCAAGUGUUGAGGGGGGGGAAUAUUAUGCAGAAAAAUGUCCUUUGUACACAGAAUAAAAUAUUUAUGAAAAUAA